CUGCGCGGGAGGACGCCGCUGCGGCCCGGCAGGGGGGCGCACGACCUGCGCUCCUUCGUGAGAUUUCAAGGCGCGAGCCACAAGCUGUCCGCCUGACGGGGCCGCCCCGCGCCCGCACCUGGCGCAGCCGCGCUUUCUCGCCGACCCGGUCGGGCGCCGCGCUGUGGGGCCGCCUUGAGGAAGCAUGGCACCUCCUCACCACUUCUCCCACCACGGGCCUGAGCAAUGAGAGCACGCUGGCUCCCCUGCAGAGUUUUUCUGUGCAGAUCGGAAACGAGUGGCCGGUGGCCGCCGCCGUGUCCGUGGCCGGCCUCGCCCCCUGCGGGGGUGAGCGCGUGGCCCUGCCUCGCCGCACGGCUCGCGGGGCCAGGCGCCCACCGGCCUGUGGCGCACCGGUGGGUCUCGGUGGGGGCGCCCGUGGAGAAUAGGCAAGAUCGCGACUCCGACGUCGAGGUUCCUGCGAAGCGGGUGCCGGCGUCGCGGUCCGGCGGCACGGUUCGGGCGAGGCAGUCAAGCGUAGCGGUCCGGCGUCGCGGCCCUGGCGUCGCGGAGUCCGGCGCGGCGGUCCAGCGUCGCGGUCUCAUGUUGUGGAG